AUGAUGCAGGACGUGUCCAGCUCGCCAGUCUCGCCGGCCGACGACAGCCUGAGCAACAGCGAGGAGGAGCCGGACCGGCAGCAGCCCCCGAGCGGCAAGCGCGGGGGGCGCAAGCGGCGCAGCAGCCGGCGCAGCGCGGGGGGCGGCGCGGGGCCCGGCGGGGCCGCGGGCGGGGGCGUCGGAGGCGGCGAGGAGCCUGGCAGCCCGGCCCAAGGCAAGCGUGGCAAGAAGUCUGCCGGCUGCGGCGGCGGCGGCGCGGGCGGCGGCGGCAGCAGCAGCGGCGGCGGGAGUCCGCAGUCCUACGAGGAGCUGCAGACGCAGCGGGUCAUGGCCAAUGUGCGGGAGCGCCAGCGCACGCAGUCACUGAACGAGGCGUUCGCCGCGCUGCGGAAGAUCAUCCCCACGCUGCCCUCUGACAAGCUGAGCAAGAUCCAGACCCUCAAGUUGGCGGCCAGGUACAUCGACUUCCUCUACCAGGUCCUACAGAGCGACGAGCUGGACUCCAAGAUGGCAAGCUGCAGCUAUGUGGCCCACGAGCGGCUCAGCUACGCCUUCUCGGUCUGGAGGAUGGAGGGGGCCUGGUCCAUGUCCGCGUCCCACUAGCAGGCGGAGCUCCCCACCCCCUCGGCAGGGCCGGAGACCUAGAUGUCAUUGUUUCCAGAGAAGGAGAAAAUGGACAGUCUAGAGACUCUGGAGCUGGAUAACUAAAAAUAAAUAUAUUUGCCAAACAUUUUCUUGGAAAUUAGAAGAGCAGAACCCAAAUUCAAAGAAACAGGGCGUGGGGCGCACUUUUAAAAGAGAAAGCGAGACAGGCCCGUGGACAGUGAUUUCCAGACGGGCAGCGGCACCAUCCUCACACCUCUACAUUCUGAUAGAAGUUUGAACAGUUGUUUGUGUUCCUCCUCCUUUUUUUUUUUUUUUUUUUUGACGAAGAAUGUUUUUUUUAUUUUUUCAUGCAUGCAUUCUCAAGAGGUCGUGCCAAUCAGCCACUGAAAGGAAAGGCAUCAUUAUGGACUUUCUCCAUUUUAAAAUGGUAACGAUCAGAGGAAUUUUAAGAACACCUUUAGAAAUAAAAAUACUGGAAUCAAACUGACUCACAAAAUCACAGUCAGUUAAUUCCUUUUUUCAUUCUUCCUCUGAGGGAAAAAAAAACCUUAAAAUAACAAAAAACAACAUUCUAUUUAU